CAUGUUUUCAGGAAUCUUAUAUGUGUGUACUCAAAGAAACACAUGGGUGAUGUUCCUGAACUUACUGAGAUGAAGAAAAGAGCGAACAUACAAAGUUUGAAGGAGAUGGCUGUGAUUUUAAGGGAUAGGUCACAAAUAGUGUGGAUUGCCCCAAGUGGUGGUAGGUACCACCUAGAUCCUCUGCCUGGAGAAUGGUAUCUGGCACCAUUUGAUGCUGCGUCAGUGGACAACAUGAGAAGGCUUGCUGAACAUUCUGGUGCUCCAGGACAAUAUUUAUCCCUAUUGUGCCAUGACAUCAUGCCCCCUCCGCCACAGGUUAAGGAAGCAUAUGCACAGGUUCUAUAUGAUUCUGUGAUUAAGCAAUGCAAUGUGCCUAAAUCUGCCAUACAUGGCAAACGAGGACUAGAGGCAUCAAGUCCAACUGUUUCUUUGUCACAACAGUGGAAUUAAUCAUAUUUUGUAUUUAACUAAGUAUUUUUCUUCCUUAAGAUUUAUUAAUUAAGUUGGGAUGAGGAUCUACUGUUUCUUGUGGUCCUGAAAUCAAACCCUUCGUCUUAGCAGAAUUAAGUCAUGACAGGGUCAUGGGCGAUGGAUUAUUAUCAAAUAUUCAUAAAAGGCUAACUGGAAGGAAGCCACAUCAUAAAAAGUUGUUAACAUCCUUCUACAUAGGGGAAAAGAGUUAGAGGAGACGCUGUAAGACU